AUGAUGAAGGUGAUGAAGGUGAGGAGUGCGAACAGGAAGGCUGAGGAUGAUGAAGGUGAUGAAGGCAGGCUGAAGAUGAUGAAGGUGAUGAAGGUGAGGAGUGCGAACAGGAAGGCUGAGGAUGAUGAAGGUGAUGAAGCCCCACACCUGCAGGAGGGCUUCGGGUGCGUCGUCACCAACCGCUUCGAUCAGCUCUUCGAUGACGAGUCCGACCCCUUCGAGGUGCUGCGCGCGGCGGAGAGCCGGAGGAAGGAGAGCGGCGGCGGCGGCGUUCUGGCAUCUUGCUGGGCUUCUGCAGAAAUAAAACUCCUCUUCCCUCUUGUUUGCCUGGGGGUCGGUAUCUGUCCUGGAGCACUCCCCAUUCCGUUGAUGUGUCUGCCUGACGUUGCAGGGAUAAGGAGGAUUGGCAGGAGGCCUGAUCAGCAGCAGCAGCAACAGCAGCAGGGCGAGGGCAAACCCAUCGACAGGAGACCCGAGCGACGACCUCCCCGCGAGCGCCGCUUCGAGAAACCCGCCGAGGAGAAGGGCGAGGGAGGAGAGUUCUCUGUGGAUAAACCCAUCCUGGACAGGCCCAUGCGUGGCCGUGGAGGGCUGGGCCGGGGCCGUGGCCGCGGGCGCGGGAUGGGCCGAGGCGACGGAUUCGACUCUCGUGGCAAACGGGAAUUCGACAGACACAGCGGCAGCGAUAGAUCCGGGCUAAAGCACGAGGACAAGCGCGGUGGCAGCGGAUCGCACAACUGGGGAACCGUCAAAGAUGAGCUAACUGAAUUGGAUCAGUCAGCUGUAACUGAGGAGACGCCGGAGGGAGAGGAGCACCCGCCUGCUGAUUCUGAAAACAAAGAGAACGAGGUUGAAGAAGUGAAGGAAGAAGGCCCUAAGGAGAUGACCCUGGAUGAGUGGAAAGCCAUUCAGAGCAAGGACCGUGCAAAAGUCGAGUUCAACAUCCGCAAACCAAACGAGGGAGCUGAUGGGCAAUGGAAAAAAGGAUUUGUGCUCCACAAGUCAAAGAGUGAGGAGGCUCACGCCGAGGACUCGGUCAUGGAUCACCACUUCCGCAAACCCGCCAACGACAUCACGUCCCAGCUGGAGAUCAACUUCGGGGACCUGGGGCGCCCCGGGCGCGGCGGCAGAGGGGGCAGGGGGGGCCGGGGCCGUGGGGGCAGGGCCAGCCGUGGAGGCAGGACCGACAAGUUGGUCAAGGAGUUUGAUGUGAUCCACACGCCCAACCAGUCAAGUGCUUCUGCUCCUGAUGUAGAUGACCCAGAGGCUUUCCCAGCUCUGUCCUAAACUGGAUGUCAUAAAGCCAACCCUGCCCUGGUUGGGCCUUCCUCUCCGAGGCUUGCAUGCUUAAGGAUCCUAAAACAACUAAGAAAUUGAAAAAAAAAAAAAAAACAAAA